AAGCAGACAGUUGACUUCUCUGUUAACUUUAACUGAUCUUGUAACAAUGGCAAACAUAAUUUAUGGUGGAUGGGGUGGGACGCAGGACGCCACUAAUGAAACUCAGAAGAUAUGUGAUCAGGUGAAGGGCCAAGUGGAGAAAACGACAGGCAACAACUACAGGGUCUACGUAGCAGUUAAAUACAGGAAUCAGAUCGUGGCAGGAGAAAACUUCGUCAUCAAGGUUCAUGUUGGAGGAGAGGACUACAUUCAUCUGAGUGUCUUCCUAGAACUUCUGUGUAAUGGAGGAAAGGCUGAGCUGCGCGGUGUGGAGCAGCACACAACCAAAGACUCCCCCCUCGAACCUUUUGUAAACUGAUCACACAACCUGUUUCAACAGUUGUACACUUACAGCCUGCAGUCUCAUAUUAAAAUGGCCUGUUGUUUUAUUUUGAAAAUUAUUCAACAUUGAUUUCAAAUGUAUUAACACAUCAAGAUAUUUGGUUUUGUGAAGCAUCAAACUGAAUGUACUGCCUUCUUAGGA